GGUAAUAUUAUGUGCUAAAACUUGUGGCGAAGACUAAAUGUAUCAUUGAGAAUAUAUUCCGUAAGUUUCAAAAGAAACAAUGACAUAUCAACGAAGAAAACUAAUAAAUGCGGAUUACGAAGGUGAUCUGACCCGGCCCGGCCCGGUUUUUACUACCCAUUUUACCAACUGUCACAAAGGACGAGUAGCCUAGAUAAAAAAAAAUAAAAUUAUAUGUACGACUUAUCUCUCACCUCGAUAUUCGGGGAAAAAAAGAAAAGAAUAACAAACUGCGAAACGCUAAUUCGCUAAAAACGUGAAACGAAGACAACGAUGUCGGACAGUUCUGAUGAAGAUUCUGGUGGAUUUAGAAUAAACGAAGCUUAUGCCUCUAAAUACAAUGACUGGAGAAGAAAAGAAGAGCUUCAAAAACUUAAAUCUCGAUACGGAGAAGAUGCAGAGUUAGAUGUGGAUAGCAGUUCAUCAGAAUCCGAGGAUGAAGAUGCAGAGGCUCUUACUCCACAACUGGAAGAAGACUGGUUAAGGACAUUGGCAGCACUUAAAAGCAAAGACCCAAGAAUUUAUGAUAAAAAUGCAAAGUUUUAUCAUAGUGAUGAGGAAAAAAGUGAUUCAAAUCCAAAAGAGUCUGGAAUGAGCAAAAAGAAAAACAAGCCGGUGUAUCUGAAAGAUUACCACAGAAAGGUCAUUCUGGAAAAAGAGGGUAUAAUAAGCGAAGAGGAGAGUGAUGAAAAUGAAGUGGAGAUCAGUCAUGAACCAGGAUAUUAUGAAGAACAGGAGGAGAUCAAAAGGAGUUUGCAAGCUAAACUCGCAGAGGAAUCAGAUUCCGAUGGUGAACUCUUCACAAAAAAGUCGAAAACUACAGAGCAGGAGGAAGAAGAGGAGAGAGAUUACAUUAAGUGGCUGAAAGAUCAGAAGAACCUGGAGGAAAAAGACCCUGUUGGAGUAGAACUGGCUCCACUGAAAACAUACUGGAAUGAUCCCAAGCUGAAUGCAAAUGAGAAAUUCCUAAGAGAUUUGAUAUUGAAUAAAGGAUACAUUGAUAAAGAUGGUAAAAGAGUGCCCUCCUACAGUGAGAUUGUGGAUGAUGGGGAAGGCUUUUCUGAGGAAGAGGAAAUUCUGGAUAGAGAGGACCAGUUUGAAAGAAAGUACAAUUUCAGAUAUGAAGAGCCAGACCCUGACUUUAUCAAGUCUUAUCCCAGAACCAUAAAAGAUACUCUGCGCCAGAAAGACACAAAGAGAUCAGAGAAGAGGCGAGAAUUGAAGAAAAGAAAAGAAAUGGAAAAACAAAAGGUUAAAGAGGAAAUAAAACAACUAAAAAACCUAAAGAGAAGGGAGAUAAUGGAUAGAAUUGAUAAACUAAGAGAGAUAACCGGGAACCCUGCCUUAGACUUCCAAGAGGAUGAUCUAGAGACAGACUUCGAUCCCCAGAAACAUGAUGAAAUGAUGCAGAAAUACUUUGAUGAUGAGUUUUACAAGAUGGAGGAUGGAGAGCAGAAGCCGGAAGCACCUGCUGAGAUUGAGGAUUUACUGUGUGAAAACUGGGAUGAGUGGACUGGAGGAGAAGAAAUGGAGGAACAUGGUGAGGAAUACAAUGAUAAUGACGAGGAUCAUAACGAGAAAUAUGAGCCACAUGUUGAUGAUCCAGACUUCUGUAUGGAUGAUGACUAUGACCCUACCAAAAUUGUCAGUAGAAAAAAGAAGAAGAAAAGAUCAAAGUUUCAUGAGGCAGUCACAAGCUCAAAACCAACAUUUGACCCAAAAGAGAAGACGUUUGAAGAAUACUUUGAAGAGUAUUAUAAACUGGACUAUGAGGACAUUGUGGCUGGGCAGCCAUGUCGAUUUAAGUACAGAAAUGUCACACCUAACAGCUAUGGCUUACAAGUGGAUGAGAUUUUGAAAUGCAGAGACAGAGAGUUAAAUGCCUGGGUGUCUGUGAAGAAGAUGAGUCAGUACAGAUCUACUGAUGAGGAGGACAGGGAAGUGAAAGUCUUUGAAAGCAAAGGUAGAAAUGAGAGAAAGAAGAUGAACAUACUGCCAUCUCUGAAGGAGGAACCUGAUGAUCAAUACAUCAAAGAUGAGGAGGACAGGGAAGUUAAAGUAUCUAAAAGCAGAGGUAGAAAUGAGAGAAAGAAGAUGAACCUACUGCCAUCUGUGAAGGAGGAACCUGAUGAUCAAUACAUCAAAGAUGAGGAGGACAGGGAAGUUAGAAUAUCUAAAAGCAGAGGUAGAAAUGAGAGAAAGAAGAUGAACCUACUGCCAUCUGUGAAGGAGGAACCUGAUGAUCAAUACAUCAAAGAUGAGGAGGACAGGGAAGUUAAAGUAUCUGAAAGCAGAGGUAGAAAUGAGAGAAAGAAGAUGAACCUACUGCCAUCUGUGAAGGAGGAACCUGAUGAUCAGUUGGAUAAGAAGGGUGGUGCAAGUUCAAUACAGAACACAUCUCCAAAGAAAAAGAAACGGAAACUUCCCGAGACCGAAAUCAUAGAAAGUACAAAAACGACGA